CUAAUUAUGAUCCAAUCACAUAUUAAUCAUAAUUAUCAAACUUAUUUUUGUUAACCUUAUCAAAUAUUUUUAACCAUAUUAUUUAUGUACCCUGUCGGUAAUUUCCUUGACUUGAAUAGUCAGCUUAUGAAGGCACUCGUCACCAAAACAAAAUGGACUCUUAGUUGCUACCUCAACAAGGAUUAUGUUGCAUCGGAGUUGAUACAAAGAACUGGUACUGACCUGAACGGUUUCCAAUCUCCUGGUCGUUUUCAUUUUAUACCAUUACCAUUCAGAGAGAAAAUAAAAUAAAUAAUAUAAGGAAAAAAAAGUAAGUUAUCUUUUUUAAAAAUGAUUAGGAAUGCAUGAAAAAAGAAAUUAGUAUCGGAAUUGAAUAUUAUUGGUAAAAAAGAAUGAUUUGAGUUAGAAGAAUAAGCAAGGUAAGAAGUGAGUGAGUGGGGAAAGAUCUGUGAAGAUUAUUUUGACGGGAACUGAGAGGAAAAGACGGUGAUCCGAAAAUGAAGGGGAGCCAUGAGAAAGGAGAGAAAAAAAAGGAUGGAUUACGCACACAAUCUUGAACCAAUAUAAAUAGCAAUGAAAUCUCCGACGAGGGAGGGAGCAACCAAAUUCAUCGACAUGCCUUCGUCAUUCAACUUCGCCUGCAUGUACAACAAGUACAUCCGGCGCUGUUUCGCCGGGGCGGGCCUCUGGUCGCAGGCCCUCGCCCUUGACGACAAGACCACCAUGCACUUUUGGGGCCCAAGAAACAAAACGGCCCAGAAGCCCUCUCUGGUUCUCAUCCACGGCUUUGGGCCCGUGGCCACGUGGCAGUGGCGCAGACAGGUCAAAUCCCUGGCCCCACACUUCAACCUUUACGUUCCGGACCUCGUAUUCUUCGGAGGCUCCACCACUAUUUCCAGCGAGAGGAGCGAGGUGUUUCAGGCGAAGUCGGUGGGGAAGCUUCUGGAUAUGUUGGAGGUGGAGACGUUGCACGUGGUGGGCACCAGCUACGGUGGCUUGGUGGCUUACAAUCUGGCAAAGAUGUUGGGGGAAGGGAGGGUGAAGAAAGUUGUCAUCGCCAGCUCCGGCGUUAACAUGACCGCCAGAAGCAACCUAGAGAUGCUCCGAAGUUCUAAAUUGAACAACAUCGACGACCUCAUGUUUCCUUCUUCCCCCCACCACCUGCGCCAGUUGAUGUCCCUCUCCAUCUACAAGCCUCCCCAUGUCCCUGAUUUUGUCCUCAGUAUCUUCAUUCAUGAAUUGUACGGAGAGAAUAAGGAGAGAAAAUUGGAAAUUCUAAAAGGGAUCUCUGUCGGCAGGCAAGAAACCUCUAACGUUUCACCUCUUAAACAGGAAGUUCUGAUAGUGUGGGGGGAAGAAGACCGGGUUUUUCCGGUGCGAUUGGCGCAUGAACUGAAAGAGGUGAUAGGUAAAGAUGUAAAAUUAGAACUCAUAAAGGAAGCAGCACAUGUGCCUCAAAUUGAAAAGCCAGUACAAUUCAACCGCAUCAUCGUUAAUUUUUUACGGGGGACUCAUUGACUGUAUUUUUAGCUCUAUUAACUUCAUUUUUUUUUUCUAAUUAUUCUUUCUUAGUCCAUUUAAUCAUAAUUCUUCUUCAUAAACAAUUUAGAU